GGCCCCGGCCGGCCGCACUCGGUCCUCCGCGAUCCCACGCUCCCUUGCGCCAAGGACACGACCGGCGGCUCCGCAGGGCCCUUCUACAGCACGGCGACGCCUCUCUAUGGUCCGUCGCCGCGUCCAGAGUGGGUGUCAUGGCGGCCGGCGUUGAGUUGGCAGGAGUUGCCCACGGAACUGGGGAAAGUCACUAAAGCAGAGGAAGAAGUGGCCCAACCCGGACGGUGGGAAGUCGUAGGGAUGAGCGGAGGCCCCGCUGUGCCCCGGCGGUGACUGUGUCCCUGGAGGCGGGCCCCUGGUAAAGUCCCAGGCCAGGCCUCUGCGUUUCUAGGCAGAGCCGGGCCGUUCGUGCGAACCCGGGAACCGGCGUUGCCUGGGAACCCCUCAUUGUGUUAUCGAAUCCUGAGCGUUUUGAUUCGGACUGGUCCCGCGGAGGCAGCGGUUCGAGGACAUUUGGCGAGGUCGUCCGACGAGGCUGGACGCUUUUCUCGGAGCGGACCAGAUCGUUCUCUAACCCGCAGCGAUGUCGUCCUGGUUGGGGGGCCUCGGCUCCGGCUUGGGCCAGUCUCUGGGUCAAGUCGGGGGCAGCCUGGCCUCCCUCACUGGCCAGAUUUCCAACUUUACGAAGGACAUGCUGUUGGAGGGCACGGAGGAAGUGGAAGCAGAAUUACCUAAUUCUAGGAGAAAGGAAAUUGAAGCCAUUCAUGCAAUCCUAAGAUCAGAGAAUGAGAGGCUUAAAAAGCUUUGUACUGAUCUAGAAGAGAAGCAUGAAGCAUCAGAACUUCAAAUAAAGCAGCAAUCUGCAAGUUAUCGACAUCAACUACAACAGAAAGAGGUAGAAAUCAGCCAUCUCAAAGCAAGACAGAUUGCACUACAGGACCAGUUGCUGAAGCUGCAGUCAGCUGCUCAGUUAGUAAGUUCAGGAGCUGGCAGUGUACCCGCAACCACUGCAUCAUCUGCAUUCGGCUAUGGUAUCAGCCAUCAUGCUUCAGCUUUCCACGACGAUGACAUGGACUUUGGUGACAUAAUUUCAUCACAACAAGAAAUAAACAGAUUAUCAAAUGAAGUUUCAAGACUUGAGUCUGAAGUUGGCCAUUGGAGGCAUAUUGCUCAGACUUCUAAAGCACAAGGAUCAAAUAGCUUUGAUCAAAAUGAAAUCUACAAACUGCAGAAUAUCAUUAAGGAACUUAAGCAGAACCGAAGUCAGGAAAUUGAUGACCAUCAACAUGAAAUGUCAGUAUUGCAGAAUGCACAUCAACAGAAAUUGACAGAAAUAACUCGUCGGCAUCGAGAAGAAUUAACUGACUAUGAAGAACGAAUUGAAGAACUGGAAAAUCUGUUACAACAAGGUGGCUCAGGAAUUGCAGUAACUGAUCACUCUAAAGUCCAUGAAAUGCAAAAAACUAUUCAGGUUCUACAAACUGAAAAAGUAGAGUCUACAAAAAAAAUUGAAGAACUUGUGAAUAAAAUAGAAGACAUAAGUAAAAAAUUGUCUUCUGCAGAAAAUGACAGAGAUAUUUUGAGGAAGGAACAAGAACGAAUAAACGUGGAAAACAGACAAAUAAUGGAAGAAUGUGAAAGCUUGAAACUGGAAUGUAGUAAAUUGCAGCCUUAUGCUAUGAAGCAAAGUGAUACUAUGACAGAAAAGAAAAGAAUUCUUCCACAGAGUGCAUCAGUGGAAGAAGAAGUGUUCAGACUGCAACAAGCACUGUCUGAUGCUGAAAAUGAAAUAGUGAGACUGAGUAAUUUAAACCAGGAUAACAGUCUCGCUGAAGACAAUCUGAAACUUAAAAGGCAAGUCCAAGUAUUAGAAAAAGAUAAUUCGUUGUUGAGUCAAGAAAAGGAAGAACUUCAGAUAUCACUUGUAAAAUUGAACAAUGAAUAUGAAGUAAUUAAAAGUACAGCUACAAGAAACAUGGAUUUGGAUUCAGAGUUACAUGAUUUAAGACUUAAUUUGGAGGCAAAGGAACGAGAACUCAAUCAGAGUAUUACUGAAAAGGAAAUACUGAUAGCUGAGUUAGAAGAACUGGACAAACAGAACCAAGAAGCUACAGAGCACAUGAUUUUGAUAAAAGAUCAGCUAUCAAAACAACAAACUGAGGGAGAUAGCGUCAUCAGUAAACUGAAAAAAGAUCUAAAUGAUGAAAUAAAGAAAUUUCAUCAACUGGAAGAUGAUAAGAUGAACAUUACUAAAGAGUUCAAUGUGCAGAAAGAAAAGUUAAUUCAAAGUGAACUGGUCCUAAAUGAUUUGCGUUUAACUAACCAGAAGCUUGAGGAUAAAGUAGAAGAUUUAGUAGAUCAGUUAAAUAAAUCCCAAGAAAAUAAUUUAAACAUCCAGAAGGAGAACUUUGAACUUAAGGAACAUAUUAAACAAAAGGUGGAAGAGCUUUCUAGAGUUAGGGAUGAGUUAACUCAGUCACAUAAUCAAGACUCUAAGAGUAAUUUUAAGGAUGACUUACUUAAAGAAAAGGAAGCUGAAGUGAGAAACUUAAAGCAAAAUCUUUCAGAAAUAGAGCAGCUCAAUGAAAAUUUUAAAAAAGUUGCUUUUGAUCUCAAAAUGGAAAACGAAAAGUUGAUUUUAGCUUGUGAAGAUGUAAGACAUCAGUUGGAAGAAUCUAUUGCUGGGAACAAUCAGAUUUCUCUGCAAAAAAACACUAUUGUGGAGGCUCUAAAAAUGGAAAAAGGACAGUUAGAAGCAGAAUUGUGUCGGGCUGAAAAGAGGCUGUUGGAAGAAGCAAACAAGUAUGAGCAAACCAUUGAAGAACUGUCAAAUGCACGCAAUUUGAGUACCUCUGCUUUACAGCUGGAACAUGAGCAUUUAAUUAAACUCAGUCAAGAGAAAGACUUUGAAAUAGCAGAACUCAAAAAGAGUAUUGAGCAGAUGGAUACUGAUCAUAAAGAAACUAAGAAAAUUUUGUCCUCUAGUUUAGAAGAGCGGAAGCAAUUGAUACAACUUACAAAUGAGAAAGAAAUUUUUAUUGAAAAACUUAAAGAAAGAAGUUCAGAGCUUCAGGAGGAAUUAGAUAAAUAUACUCAGGCCUUAAGAAAAAAUGAAAUUUUAAAACAAGCCAUAGAGGAAAAAGACAGAAGUCUUGGAUCCAUGAAAGAAGAAAACAAUCAUCUCAAAGAAGAACUGGAACGACUCAGAGAACAGCAGAGUCGAGCUGCACCUAUGACUGAGCCUAAAACCCUUGAUAGUAUUAUAGAGCUAGAGUCCGAGGUGUUGCAACUGAAUACAAUAAAGGACCAUCUUGAAGAGGAGAUAAAACAACAUCAAAGGAUAAUUGAAGACCAAAACCAGAGUAAGAUGCAGCUGCUUCAGUCUUUGCAGGAGCAGAAGAAGGAGAUGGAUGAAGUUAAAUACCAGCAUGAACAAAUGAAUGUCACACACACCCAACGCUUGGUAGAGAAAGAUGAGGAAAUUAAAAAUUUGCAAAGAACAAUUGAACAAAUCAAAACCCAGUUACAUGAAGAAAGACAGGACGUUCCAACCGAGAAUACUGAUAUUUUCCAAGAAACAAAAGUUCAGAGCCUUAAUAUAGAAAACGGAAGCGAAAAGCAUGAUUUAUCGAAAGCUGAAACUGAAAAAUUAGUAAAAGGAAUAAAAGAACGAGAAUUAGAGAUUAAACUUCUAAAUGAAAAGAAUAUAUCUUUAACUAAACAGAUUGAUCAGCUGUCCAAAGAUGAAGUUGGUAAACUAACUCAGAUUAUCCAGCAGAAAGAUCUGGAGAUACAAGCUCUUCACGCUAGAAUUUCUUCAGCUUCCUACACCCAGGAUGUUGUUUACCUUCAACAGCAGCUGCAGGCCUAUGCUAUGGAAAGAGAACAAAUGUUAGCUGUUUUGAGUGAGAAAACUAGGGAAAACAGCCAUCUAAAAACAGAAUAUCACAAAAUGAUAGAUAUAGUUGCUGCCAAAGAAGCCGCUCUCAUUAAGCUACAGGAUGAAAAUAAAAAAUUGUCCUCUACAUUUGAAAGUAGUGGCCAAGACAUGUUCAGAGAAACCAUUCAGAAUUUAUCACGUAUCAUUCGAGAAAAAGAUAUUGAAAUAGAUGCGUUAAGUCAGAAAUGUCAGACCUUAUUGACAGUUUUACAAACAUCCAGCACUGGUAAUGAGGUUGGAGGUGUUAACAGUAAUCAGUUUGAGGAGCUGCUGCAGGAACGCGAUAAAUUAAAGCAACAAGUGAAGAAAAUGGAGGAGUGGAAACAGCAGGUGAUGACCACAGUGCAAAAUAUGCAGCACGAGUCAGCCCAGCUUCAGGAAGAACUUCAUCAGCUUCAGGCACAAGUUUUGGUUGACAGUGAUAACAAUUCUAAAUUACAAGUGGACUAUACUGGCCUGAUCCAAAGUUAUGAGCAGAAUGAAACCAAACUCAAAAAUUUUGGGCAGGAAUUAGCACAAGUUCAGCACAGCAUAGGGCAGCUUUGCAAUACCAAAGAUCUUCUUUUAGGAAAACUUGAUAUUAUUUCACCUCAGCUCUCUUCUGAAUCAUCGCUUACUUCCCAGUCAGCAGAGACUCUUAGAACAAUCAAGCGUGACAUAUCGAGUGAGUCUUCUAAACAAGAGAUAGAAGAGCUAAGAAAAUCACUGCAGGAGAAAGAUGAAACCAUUAGAACUCUUCAGGAAAAUAAUCACAGAUUGUCUGAUUCGAUUGCUGCCACCUCAGAGCUAGGAAGAAAAGAACAUGAACAAACUGAUUCAGAAAUUAAGCAGCUAAAGGAGAAACAAGAUAUUUUACAAAAGUCACUUAAGGAAAAAGACCUCUUAAUCAAAGCCAAAAGUGAUCAGUUACUUUCUUUAAAUGAAAAUUUCACUAACAAGGUGAAUGAAAAUGAACUUUUGAGGCAGGCGGUCACAAACCUGAAGGAGAGAACAUUAAUUUUAGAAAUGGAAAUUUGUAAACUAAAAGGAGAAAAUGAAAAAAUAGUAGAAACAUCCAGGGAAAAGGAAACAAAUUAUCAAGCAUUACAGGAGACUAAUAUGAAGUUUUCUAUGAUGCUUCGAGAAAAAGAGUUUGAAUGCCAUUCAAUGAAGGAGAAAGCUCUUGCUUUUGAGCAACUACUAAAAGAAAAAGAGCAGGGCAAGACUGGGGAGUUAAAUCAACUUUUAAAUGCAGUUAAGUCAAUGCAGGAGAAGACAGUUAUGUUCCAACAGGAGAGAGACCAAGUUAUGUUGGCCCUAAAACAGAAACAAAUGGAAAACACUGCUGUACAGAAUGAGGUUCAACAUUUACGUGAGAAAGAAUCACGGUUAAACCAGGAGCUAGAAAGAUUGCGUAACCAUCUCUUAGAGUCAGAAGAUUCUUAUACACGGGAAGCUUUGGCUGCAGAAGAUAGAGAGGCUAAACUAAGAAAAAAAGUCACACUAUUGGAGGAAAAGCUAGUUUCAUCCUCUAAUGCAAUGGAAAAUGCAAGCCAUCAAGCCAGUUUGCAGGUAGAGUCGUUGCAGGAACAGUUGAACGUAGUCUCCAAGCAAAGGGAUGAAGCUGCCCUGCAGCUUUCUGUCUCUCGGGAACAGGUAAAGCAGUAUGCUCUGUCACUCUCCAACCUGCAGAUGGUCCUAGAGCAUUUCCAACAAGAGGAAAAAGCUAUGUAUUCUACUGAACUAGAAAAGCACAAACAGCUUAUAGCUGAAUGGAAGAAAAAGGCAGAAAAUCUGGAAGGAAAAUUGGUGUCAUUACAGGAGAGUUUGGAUGAAGCAAAUGCUGCCUUGGAUUCAGCAUCAAGACUUACAGAACAGUUAGAUUUAAAGGAAGAACAAAUUGAAGAACUUAAAAAACAAAAUGAGCUCCGACAAGAAAUGCUGAAUGAUGUACAAAAGAAAUUGAUGAACUUAGUGAACAGCACAGAAGGAAAAGUGGACAAAGUCCUAAUGAGAAACCUCUUCAUUGGACAUUUUCACACACCAAAAAAUAAGCGUCAUGAAGUGUUACGAUUAAUGGGAAGCAUCUUGGAUAUCAAAAGGGAAGAAAUAGAUCAGUUGUUGAAUGAAGAUCAGGGCAGUGUUACCAGGUGGAUGACUGGGUGGCUUGGAGGAGGAUCAAAAAGUGUCCCCAAUACACCUCUGAGACCAAAUCAACAAUCUCAGUUUAAUAGCUCUUUUUCAGAACUUUUUGUUAAAUUUCUGGAAACGGAAUCUCAUCCAUCUGUUCCACCACCAAAGCUUUCUGUUCAUGAUAUGAAACCUCUGGAUUCACCAGGAAGAAGAAAACUAGAAACAAAUGUACCAGAAAGUUUUAAAGAUGCAGCAGAAUCCAGGCCUGGUAGAAGAACAGACGUGAAUCCGUUCCUGGCCCCCCGCUCUGCGGCUGUGCCUCUCAUUAACCCAGCUGGACUUGGACCUGCUGGGCCUGGGCAUCUCCUUUUGAAACCCAUCUCAGAUGUGUUGCCCACAUUUACCCCUUUGCCAGUGUUACCGGACAACAGCGCUGGAGUCGUGUUGAAAGAUCUUUUAAAGCAGCAGUAGGUGACUCUCCAGCCAGAGACGACAUACGCAGCACUUUAAAGAAA